CAAAGCUAUGCAAAGUGCGAAUGUACUCCGUAUCCGGAAGUGAAAGGGCGGUGCCAAGACUUGGAGGCAUCGGGCCCACUUGCUUACAUGAGGCAUGGUUGCUGACCUCACAUGGGAAAGCUGCAUCGUUCCUUUCACAUCAUCAACCCCAGCGCAGUUGCUCUGUUCUACGGAGCUGCACUUCUUCCUCAACGACACCGGCAAACAGCGGAUCUUGGCCUCGAAUAAUUCAUUUUGUCGCCACGCCAUCCCACGUCGCAAACAUGGCGGAGCCUCAGAUCAAACCGGACCCCGACGCGGGCUCAUCCUUCGUGGACGAAGUCGACGAGACGCCCGAUCUGGAAUUCUACGACAAGCUGCCCGACGCAGAUGCCUAUAGUCGCAUGUAUCUCACACGCCUACCGAACUACGUCUGGGAGGCCUGGUCGAAGCUCGACGAGGAUGAGGAGAUUGAGAUUGGAACAAUCCGCCAAUGGAUCGACGAGAAUGGCAAAACGAGAUUGCAAAUGCGCCUCAAGCCGGACUUGCCAGCGCAUGCCGAAGUGCCCAAGGAGUACAACAUGGAAGUAACGAACCACGAUGUCAACAACACCUUUGUCUUCACCGAGCAGGACCUGCCUAGCUAUGCUGCGAAGAACAAGGAAAGGGCCAAUGCGCUGGCGCAAGGAAUUCCUGCCCAUCUUUUGCGAAAGCACCAAAGGCAGAUGGAGCCGCCCGCCGAACGGGGGAAGAAGGGCGCCUACUCGCGCAGGCCUAUUCCAAAGAAAACUAGGAUCGCGGGGAAGAUCAAGCACGAAGUCGUCUGCACCCCGGUACGGAACGCCGAGGCCGAUAGGUUCCUCUCCAUUCGCGCCGAAGCCGCCCAGAAGCCUCAGAAGACGGUGACUAUGCUGAAGGGCUUUCCAGCCGGAGAUACUACCAAUCCCAACGAGUGGGAAUCUUUUCUCAAAACUCGCGAGAAACCGACCAAGGCGAAAAAGAUGGAGAACAAGGCGACCCGUUGGCCGGAGAACCAGCUCCUGGAUGCCAUCGCCAAGUGCUUCUCGGAGCACAAAUACUGGUCCAUCAAGGCCUUCCGCGGAAGAAUCCCGCAGCCCGAGGCCUAUUUGCGCGAGACUCUCGACAAGGUUGCCGUGCUGCACCGGUCUGGUACUUUUGCCAAUCACUGGUCGCUCAAGCCAGAGUAUGAGGGCAUCCUCGCCUCGUUACCGAAGCCGGCGGACGAUGCGGCGGUACCAAAGGCUGAUGUACCCUCCGAUGAUGAGGACGAGGAGGAUAUCAAGAUGGAGGAUGUUUUGUGAUUGUCUUUGGCCUUUAUUUAUCUCUUGAGAGUCUAAC